AUGGCUGCCCCCGCAGAUGCCACGAUCAAAAACCUCAAUGGAAAAUGGGUGAUGGACUCAACUCUGUCCGAUCCCAGUGACAGCAUCCUUGCUCUGCAAGGCAUGAGCUGGUUCCUCCGGAAAGCUCUCCCUUACGCCACCGUAACGCUCUACGUCAAGGAAUACCCUGACUCCUCAGACCCCAAGGUGUACCACAUCGAUGUCGACCAGGUCAUCACCGGCGGUAUCACGGGCACCAAGGAAGCGCGCACCCUGGACUGGCAAGAGCGCGAUCACAAGGACGCCAUCUUCGGCACCGUAAAGGGCCGCUCUCGCUUCCUGCGUGCCCGCAAGGAGGACGGCGUGGCCCGACCGGCCGUCGAGUUCUGCACCAAGGCUGGCGGUGAGGAAGAUGCGCGGCUGCAGAAGUUCCUGCGCGGCGAGACGCUGAUUGAUGGAUCGGCGAGCCAGGGGUUCGAAAUCGAUGCUGUCGGUGAUGAGUUCGGGGAGGGUGAGGGCUUGUUCUUGCAGAACUUUGUGGAUAAUGAGGAGAGUAAGUGGACCGCGGAGCAGAUCUGGGGGUUUGAGAUUAUUAACGGGGAGCGACGCCAUACGCGCCGUGUGGCGGUUACGAAGAAUGGCAAGGUGGAGAUUGCUCGUUUAGUCUACUCUUAUGAGGGACCUGUUGAGUAG